AGUGGGUAUUUUUGUUUAUUAUUAUCGCGUCGCUCGUUGCGCGCUGGCUUAUUUUUGAAUAGUGCGUUCCUGGUGCGAGUCGGCAGCGUCCCAAACGUCGUAGAUUCCAUUGCCUGAGCCACCAAGAACGAACCAUUCCCUUACAUAACUUCGGAGUACAUGGUCCGUAAAGAGCAGCGCGACGGAAGGCAAUUAACAAAGACACGCAAGUGCUUGCACACCGUGCUAUUAUGCAAAGUGCGCUAUUGCAGCUGGUCUAAGAUUGCAAAGAAAGGCGACAAAGAAAAAGAAAAUACAAAGUGCCUGGGUAGAACGAGCGGAAUCACCUCCCCAAGUCAGCUGUGAUCUCUGCGGUCGGGCCUCCCUCGAGUGGGCGGGAUGGGGGGCGGCGGGCUGCUGGACAUCUACUCCAUGGCCUGGGAGCAUCUGAGGCCUGGAAGCUCGCCCGUCGACUGGUGCGAGGGCAAUUACUUGAUUUCAUCCAACAUCGCCGAGUUCGUGAACACGUUUAGCAACUUUCUGUUCAUCCUCCUCCCGCCAGUCCUGAUAAUGCUCUUCAAGGAGUACGGACGCUUUGUGACGCCCGGGAUUCACGUUAUCUGGGUGCUGCUCAUCGUGGUUGGCCUGAGUUCGAUGUACUUCCAUGCCACCCUGAGUCUAAUUGGCCAGCUGCUGGAUGAACUGGCCAUCCUCUGGGUCUUCAUGGCGGCCUUUUCGCUCUUCUAUCCGAAGCGCUACUAUCCCAAGUUCGUGAAAAACGAUCGCAAAACCUUCAGUUGGCUCAUGCUGUUGUCGGCGAUCGCUGCAACGGGCUUGUCAUGGUGGAAGCCCAUUGUUAACGCCUUUGUUCUCAUGUUCAUGAGUGUGCCGACCAUGGUAAUGCUCUACACAGAGCUGCAGAGAGUCAGUGACCAGAGGGUUUACCGCCUGGGCAUUCGAUCGACGACAGUCUGGGCAGUGGCGGUAUUCUGCUGGAUUAAUGACCGGAUCUUCUGCGAGGCCUGGUCAUCGAUCAAUUUUCCAUACCUGCACGGCUUUUGGCACAUAUUCAUUUUCAUAGCAGCCUACACGGUGCUGGUGCUGUUCGCCUAUUUCUACGUGGAAUCGGAGCUGCCCCAGCGACAGCCGCUGCUAAAGUACUGGCCGAAGAACGAGUUUGAGUUCGGGAUACCCUUCAUUUCGAUACGGAAUCCAGAUUCAAAAGAUUGGCUCGUCUACUGCAGCUUGUACAUGCAGGACUAUGACUACAAGCACGGAAAGAACUAAGGCAUGAAUUCGGUUGGAUAGCCUUCUCCAAACAGAAACAUACACAGCGUGAUAUAAGUUAGAGUUGCAGAAGGAGGAAUAACUAAAUUAUUUAUUAAUUACAAAGCUCGCCUGCUCAGCGCAGAAACCAAAUUAUGUAUAGCUGCCAUAUAGAGCGUUAGCUUAGGAAGUAUGAUUUACGUAGGCUAAACAAAUGUCGACAAAUGUACUGCGUUAGAAAUGCAAGCUAUCUUGUUUAAUCGCAAUAAAGAAUAGUAUUUCA